AUAAAUAAAUAGAUAAAUAACCAUAUGGAAGAAUUAAUAUUUUUGACAAAGCGCCCUGAAGUAUGACGCGACGGAAAGGGUCUGGCUACGCGAGAGUAGCGCAAACUGUGAGCAGGAAAGCGAAGACAAUACAAUGGCAGCAUUUACAGAAUUUGGAGUCUUGCCCGAAAUAGUCAAGGCUGUAGAGGAAAUGGGAUGGACGUUACCAACAGACGUUCAAGCUGAAGCAGUUCCUCUUAUUCUUGGCGGUGGAGACGUUCUAAUGGCUGCUGAGACUGGUAGUGGCAAAACUGGUGCAUUUAGUCUUCCUGUAAUUCAAAUUGUGUAUGAGACAUUGAGAGAAAAGAGACAAGGAGGGAUGAAAAAGGUAUCUGCAGGAUUAUCUGGUUGGAAGAUGAAUUUUUUGGACAGAGAUCCUGAAGUUGCUAUUAGUGAAGAUGGUUUGUUGUGCCAAUGUCGAGAGCACAGAGCAUGGCAAGGUUGCAGGUCAACACAGGGAGUAGCAAAAAGCGGACGUUACUAUUAUGAAACUGUUGUGACUGAUGAGGGUUUGUGUCGUGUUGGUUGGGCAACUCUAAAGGCAGGACGAGAACUAGGGAAGGACAAACAAAGCUUUGGGUUUGGUGGCACAGGGAAGAAGUCUUAUGGCAGUCAGUUUGAUGAUUAUGGCGAGAGUUUUGGAAUAAAUGAUACUAUUGGAUGCUACUUGGAUCUCAACAAUAGGGAAAUAUCCUUCAGCAAGAAUGGGAAGGAUCUAGGUCGUGCGUUUGAAGUUCCUUUGCACUUGAAAGACCUUGGCUUUUUUGCAGCAGUAACACUGAAGAAUGCGGAAAUGAAGUUCAAUUUUGGAGACUCUCCUUUUCAAUAUCCACCUAAGAAUGGAUUUGUUCCUUUAAAUAAGGCUGAUCGUCAGUAUGUCGUUUCAGGAAGUACAGGUGCUGCUCAGUUUGAUCCAAAGAAGCAUAGUCCAUCUGCGAUCAUCAUUGAACCAUCUCGGGAAUUGGCUCAACAGACUAAUGACAACAUUGUUUCAUUUAAGAAGUAUUUGCCUCCACCUGCUAUUAAGGAACUUCUGUCUGUUGGUGGUCAACCUGUUAAAGAACAGAUUGCAGCACUGUCUAUGGGAGUAGACAUUGUGACUGGCACUCCUGGUCGUUUGGAUGAUCUGAUCAGUACUAAUCACCUUGAUCUGUCACAAGUUCGAUUUUUUGUUCUGGAUGAAGCGGAUGGAUUGUUGUCUCAAGGUCAUAGUGAAUUGAUAAAUCGUAUUUAUCAACAAAUACCAAAACUAGGCUGGGAUGGGAAGCGUCUGCAGAUGAUUGUUUGCUCCGCCACUCUUCAUUCUCUUGAUGUGAAACGAUUAGCGGAGAAAUGCAUGCAUUUUCCGAUGUGGAUAGAUUUGAAGGGUCAAGACAGUGUCCCUGAGACAGUCCACCAUGUGGUUGUUUGGGUUGAUCCAACAAAGGACACAAGUUGGCAGGGACUCAAGCAUUCAGUUGUGACAGAUGGAGUACAUAGACAUGACAAGGUUAAACCAGGAUCACAAUCAAAUGAAACAUUAUCUGAAUCCAUCAAACUAUUGAAGGCUGAGUAUACAUUGAAGGCGAUAGAAGAACACAAAAUGGAUCAGGCUCUUAUAUUUUGUCGUACCAAACUUGAUUGCGACAACUUGGAGCACUAUUUACUGUCUAAAGGAGGCGGUCCUAAAGCAUUAGUUAAUAAAUACUCAUGUGUCUGUCUGCACAGUGAUCGGGCAGCAGCUCAACGAAAGGCCAACCUUCAAGCAUUUAAGGAUGGAGAAGUUCGAUUUCUUAUUUGCACUGAUGUAGCUGCUAGAGGAAUUGAUGUUAGGGGAAUUCCAUUUGUGAUCAACGUGACGUUGCCAGAUGAACGUGUGAACUACGUUCAUCGAAUUGGACGAGUAGGAAGAGCAGAAAGGAUGGGCCUUGCGAUUUCUCUUGUGGCUACAGUUCAAGAGAAGGUAUGGUACCAUUCAUGUCCCAGCAGAGGCAAAAACUGUAACAACACUCGCUUGAAGAGUGAUGGUGGAUGUACUAUCUGGUACAAUGAGAAACAGUAUUUGGCUGAUGUGGAAAACCAUUUAGGAGAAAGUAUUACUGCUGUGGAAAAUGAUAUUAUAGUACCUGUCAAUGAGUUUGAUGGGAAAGUUGUUUAUGGAGAGAAGCGUGGUAACAAAGGCAGUUCAUAUGAAGCUCACACAGAACAACUGGCGCCAUCGGUACAAGAACUGGCUGUUCUAGAACGUUUGGCUCAAACUUCAUUUCUAUGUAGACGUCACGGCAAAGGAAUGUACUGAUGUCUCUAUAGUGCGCUAGUGCAUCAUUAUGAUUGCAUGACGUCAUAAGGACGUUUGUCUAGAGCUCGUACAGUUGUACAGGUGUACGUAGCUACCAUAACGAGUGACUGUCGUGUUCUGUUUUUCUUGCGUCUUGUAAUGUGGAACGUUUUACGUAUUGGGUAAGAAUAAUAACAAAGCGUAGGAGA